CGCAAUUCGUGCAGCAGCCGCUCGUCAGACAUCCUUGAACUCCUCCCUAACUCAAUCGACAACGUCGCUCGAUUUCCCAGCGCAGGCAAUCAAUCCGCUUGAACUUUCCAACCUGCACCUUGCUCGUUGUCUCCUUGGUUGUGGUUCUGAUUUUUGUGUUAAAAACUACGACGAAUUCGUGCAGACGCUGUACUUUGCCUUCGAAGCCGAAGCUGCACUGUCGACAAGCCGCCCACAAGUCCGGCCUCCGCUUCGUUAGUAGCUGCCAACCAUGGCAGACCGAUUCCCGUCCAUCGAAGACAUUGAUGCUGGCGAAACUGACGUCCGGCCGGAUUCUGCUGCGCAAGGCAGCUUCCUCGAUCGCGAACGAGCCCUCCUCGGUGAAGAUGCAGACCUCUUCGCCGCUAACGACCGACCCGGAGCCACGACUGUCGAGGAUGGUGACGAUGAUCUCCUAGGCGGUGGCGAUGGCGAGUUCACAUCCGCUCCGGUGCAGCCUUCAAGCGGAGGAGCGCAGGACGACCUCAAUGCUUUCGAGAGUUCUUUCCCUGAAAUCGACACCAGAAACGAUAAUGUUGGCCCUGGCGGUACCAUCACUGAUUCUUCGACCUCUUUCCACGGAGGCUACACAAAUUACACCGCCCCUGCACAAGAAGAGGAGACAGAGCCCAUUCGCGAAUGGCGAGCAAAGAGGGAUGCAGACAUAGCUCGCCGAGACGAAGCGUCGCAGCGUAAGAAGGAGGAAACCGUAUCUACGGCACAGAAGGACAUUGAUUCGUUUUACGAAUCCUACAACCGCAAAGUCGACAAGCAGAAGGCACAAGUUGCAAAGGAGGCAGAAGAGUUCCUUGCCAAGCGAGAAGACACAACCGCCGGUGGUACUGCUUGGGAACGAAUUGCCAAAUUAGUAGAUCUAAGCGGAAAGGGCCAACAAGGCGGCGGAGAUGGCUCAUCCAAGAAGAGAAUGAGAGAGUUGCUCCUCAGCCUGAAAGCCGACAAGGAUGCGCCAGGUGCUUCGGGCAUUUAAUUUUAAUGCUACAGGCAACUAAAGGUCGACAUGGGAGAGCCAUUGCUUUGUCUUGCCUUGGACCACGGCUCUCAAGUGCUACGGGCGCAUAGAGUGAUCCGGGCUGUUGGCCUUUUAUGGUCACAAAAUUAUCUGGCACGGUAAUUGAUUACGACGGAGGUUCGGGCGUGCAGACUGCCAAAACAAAAACUGCACUCUAUUAGUCGUUCUGGGAAAUGGAAAUAUUGGCGCUGUAGAGUAUGAUGAUUACUGGUUACUUUCAUGCAACCUGGAAUCAGGUUCGCCAAAUACACUGAAGACAAGCACUGAAAAAUCAUUG